AUGAAGAAUAUCUCAAAUUUAGUUCAAGAUGAAUCCCAAAUCAAUUAACUGAGAGUAAGUGCUCAUCGGAAACACCCAUCACCUCAGAUUCAGAUAUAUGACAAAUUAAAGUAUUCCAUUCAAGGGGAGUGUUAGAAGAGUUAUACUAUUAAAUUGAAGUCACCAACCUCUUGUGACAAGAAACUCUUUGAGUAUAAGAAUCAAAAGGAUUUGGAAUUAUUAGUUUCUCUAGUUAUUUAACCAUGUUUACAUUUGGAUAAUUGCAUUCAUGAACAAUUAUAUGAUAAGAAUUAGCAAGGUAAAACCUUUAGAUAGGUAUGUGAAUUCAGAUCGGAUUGGACUAAGAAAAUAAAGAAGGCUGAGAGAUAUUUUGAAAACUCAAUUCAACAUAAAAAAGUGUAACAAAUACAAUGCUAAAAUAAUGAUUAAUUUAAAAUUAUUAUUCUUGAGGCUAUUAAUAAUAAAUAGGGAGCCUUAAAAAUGAUGAUUGACAAAUCUAAGAAAGAAUCAUAAUUCAUUGAAUAUGCCAAGAGAUUUGCAAUUCAACAGAGACAAAGAAUGGAUUAUAGUGAAUCGUUGUUGACUUAAUUUGAGGAUGUCCAAAAUAGAAAGAAGUAUACCCAUCCACCUUCGUUCUGGUCAAUUCUUGAUUGCUCUUGCAAUGCUACUGUGCUGUGA